AUCAGAACUGGUGGUGAACACGCGCGUGCUGAAGAGAUCAACACUGUUCAGGUGCAGAUAUGCACCGAGCAUAACAUCUAAGCAGACCUUCCAAAAUACCAGCUUUUCUCUGGACCAAAGGGACAUGAGAGCAAAGCAACAGAAGAUUUGGAUGAGCAAACAGAACAGAAGUGGACAAUGGAAAACUGUAAGCAAUUAGAAGAUGAACAAACCAUAGUGGACAUGAAAACCAAAAUGGAGAUUAUUAAAAGACAAAGACAAUUGACAUUGGAAGUAAUGGGGAAGAUUGAACAACUUUGGGAAGAGGCACAAAGAGAAAGAAAUGAAACUGACUACCUGGAGAAAAAAGCAGAGCAGCAACAGGAGGACAUCGUCAGACUGAGAACUGAAAAUCAAAAGCAGCAUCUAUUAAUAAAUAAACUGAGAUCACAGAUAGAAAAACAUUUUGAGAAACUUGAAGAGAAUAAAAAUGAAGCGGCUCAAGAAAAAUUGCUACUUCUUAAAAUGAGAACUGAAAUAUAUAGAGAAAAAGAGACCCUGGAAAAAAGACGUUAUGAGCGACAUGAGUUAGAAAUGAUCAAGGGUGAUAAGACAACACAAAAAAGUAUUGAUCUAAAAGAAGCCAUGGAACAGAUAGAAAGGAAGCAGGAGAUAACAGACAGUCUGCUCAGCCUCGUCAACACAAAUAACAAAGUAAUGCUUGAAACAAUGCAGGAAAAAGAACAUAUGGAGAACAUCAUUACAGACAUAAAGCAAGAGUUGAUUAUUAUUAAAAAUAAUAAUUCCCACCAUAGAGAUCAACUUGAGCACAUCAAGCAUAAUAUACAUUUGAAAAUGAACACGAUGAAGAGAAGGUGGGCAGACAUUCAAAGAGCUGAGAGAGUUGAGCUGCAGGAAGAAGGAAGACACACCUUUGGCAUUGUGAAGAUUCACCUCUGCAAAUUCCAGAAGGAGAUGAAGAAGCUUUCGGAUGAGCUGGUGGUGACUUUGACAGAGGAGCAGGAGCUGAAGACAGAGAGCAGUCAGAUGGCAAACAUUACACGUGACGAGUUGGCAUGGGCCAAAUCUGAAAAGGAUGAUAUUGAUCAAAUCAAAACUAACAUACAAACUGAGAGAGAGGACAUUGAGAGGGAGAGGCAGAUAGCUAGAGCCGAAAUGAUUGCAUUGACGUGUGUGAGGGAGAGUACUGAAAGGCAAAUGCAGGAGCUGGAUGACAAGUUACAAAGAACAAAGAAAGAAAUAAGAGAGAAGGAAGAGUUGAACACUGAGAUUGAAAUAAAGAAAAAGGAGCUAGUAAAAAUGAUAAGAAUGAGCAAGAGAAAAAAGAAAGAGUUCAGCAGCAUGAUGGAAGAGGCUGAGCCUGCUAGACAAGACAUGCAGGAAGGACAAGAUAAGACUAAGGAGCAGGUGGACGUGGAGGACACAUCUGAUGAGCAGAAGAAACAACUUCCUCUGGCUGACAGAACCACAGAAAUAACACAGGAAGUGAAUACUGACAUGAAGAGAGUGAUUCUUGAAGGAGAAGAAAUCAGAAAGCUGCUGUGUGGGGUAAGAGAAGAUACAGAGCCAAGCAGGGCAGACUCUACAGAAGAGAGGACAAUCCAAUGGAUGAAAAAAAAACAAAGACAGCUUGACCAACAGCUGGAGAAGACAAAUAAAGAAAGAGAUGAGCUGGAUGUCACGAAGAUAAAGAUACAGAAACUCAGGGAAGAGGUUGAACAAAAACUAAAAGAUACAAUAACUGCAUUUCUGAAUAUGGAUGAAAUAAAAGCUAGCAUUGAAAAAGCUACUACAGAGAUGAAGAAAACCAGGGAGGAGAUGCUCAAAGUCCAAAGGGAGAUGGAUCAGAACAAGGAACACAUCAACAAGUUUAGGGUAAGUCAAUAAGUAAUAAAUAUGCCUUCUUAACAUAGAAUGUCUACACUUGUUGAAUUCAACAUAGUCAUAUUAAAAGACUAUAUACAUCA